AUGUUCAUGCCACGUGCCAUGAUCACCGCCAUCCCCGGCAACACGGCCAUCCCGACCCCCGUGGAGCGCGGCCCCCCAACACAGCCCAGCAGUACGCCACACCGCGACGACGCCGACGUGACCACCCAGGGCGUGGCAGUUGGGGGCGCGGCCCCAAACCACGCCGCCACCACUGCCGUCGGCCAAGCUGGCGGCGGCACCUCUGCAUCACCCGGAAGGGGCUCGUGGCCCCGCGCCCUGCUGGGGGAGCCAGCGGCUGCGGCCGAGAGCAAUGCCACGGUCAGCGAAGGCCGCGGCCACACCUCCUUCAGCUCCGCCCCGGUCAGCCCCUCCCCUGUCACCAGCGCUGUCACCGCGCUGCCCAUCGACAUCAUCACCGCCCUUGCCCCCGAACAGGGUGGCACAGUCCAACUUGGCUGA